CGAACGUGAACUGAACGUACUGUAUUACUGCCUGAUGAACGUUACUGUGAAGCCGUUCAUUCUGGUGUUUGGUGAACGGCACGCUCUCUCAGUUUAACGUCGUUCAAUAGGGUGCCAGAUUUCUAUAGAAUCUUCCAGGCGAAAACCUGGCUUAAACACACUGUAAACAGACCUUAAAUGUGUAGCGGAAAAAACACCCAAUAUGGCAACACUGCCACCAGGGUUUUAUCGCUGCAUGCGUAAUCAAAACAAAAUGCAGCAUGUAGGCGACAAAGCAGUUGUUUAACAUUAAAUAACAUCAUAUUUGUCCCAAAUUGUUAACAAUUAACAGGCUGCUAACGCAUAUUUUGGAUCUUGAAAUUGACUUUGGCUAAGCUCACGCUAUUUAACGUGCACGUGCGGUGUGCGAUAUGCGAGUUGUCCAACACGUGACGCCGCGCAGCACUUUUCCACCGGUGUGCGACCCCCUUGAAGCACCCGGCUAACCUUUCAAGAUGAUGAUUUCCAACAACACUUUUCCCUCAUACACACAUGCUGGGACUUCAAGUUUCACAGAAGUCAAUCAGACCAGCCUCAACGAGUCAUUUGUGGACGUCAGUGGACUCUGCACAGGAUGGAUCGCCCAGACCACAAGCGCAGCUGCUCUUCAGCCUCUAGGUCACUGGUCUCCGCCUGACUGUCUACAGCAUGACCCCUCCCUUCCCUCCCACAGCACUGAUAUGUACGUUCAGCCUAUCUGUCCCAGUUACACUGUUGUGGGCCCUUCCUCCAUGCUGACUUUAGCACACACGCCUCUCUUCACCAACCUUGGGACUAUGAGCAGCUCCAAUUCAACUCUGCCUCAGGUGGACGUCCCAGACCUGACGUACAUUCCAUGGGCCCAGUCUUUAUCCUCAAUUGCCGGCUCCGUCGUGCAGGCGCCUUCAAUGCCAGCGGCUCUUUCUGCCCCCCAGCUCUUCCCUGUGCCUCUGACUUUGCCUAUACUCCCACCAGAGCCAGAGCCUCAGCAGGUUAAGUCUCCCCAGGCUCCCGAGGGCUCUAUAGCCCUUGAGAAACUAUUGGAAGAUCAUGAGGGUCAAAAAGAAACCUACAUCUGCAAUCCCUCACUUUUUUCUGAAGAUAUUUAGGAUAUUUGUGACCCUGUCUGUGAAAUUUAGAUUUAUGUUUUGUAAUCUAAUUAUGAGAAGUUGGAUUAAUUUCAGAUUAGCAUUUGUGCAUUUUUGUGAAGCUUCUGUUAAAGGAUUAGUUCAUUUUCUUAAAACAAAAAUCCAGAUAAUUUACUCACCACCAUGUCAUCCAAAAUGUUGAUGUCUUUCUUUGUUCAGUCGAGAAGAAAUUAUGUUUUUUUUUUUUUUUUUUUUGAUGAAAACAUUCCAGGAUUUUUUUCAUUUUAAUGGACUUUAAUGGACCCCAACACUUAACACUUAACUCAACACUUAACAGUUUUUUUCAACGGAGUUUCAAAGGACUCUUAAUGAUCCCAAACGAGGCAUAAGGGUCUUAUCUAGCGAAACAAUUGUCUUUUUUGACAAGAAAAAUAAAAAAUAUGCACUUUUAAACCACAACUUCUCGUCUAUCUCCGGUCCUGUGAUGCGCCAGCGCGACCUCACGUAAUACAUCAUCACGUCAAGAGGUCACGGAUGCUGUUUGCGAAACUACGCCUCAGUGUUUACAAGUGUUGAGAAAGAGGACUGUUCCGACGUUGUUGUAUUUCAAAUGAUACAAAUUAAUGUCUUUGUGUCACUUUAUUGUUUAAAAUGGUCCACAAAUGCACUCAAAAAAAUUGUUUGUUCAUUCAACAUAAUUGAAUUAAGGAAAACUUUUCCACGAAAUUAAGUUUGGCUUGUACAUCAAGAAUACAAAUAGUUAAUUUAAACAAAUAAUCUUUUGUUGAACCAACUUAAUAAAUAUAUUUUCAUUGGUCAUAAAAAUAUCUUGUUCAAUAAACUUAAUUCAGUUAAGGAAAACUUUUCCACGUAAUUAAUUCUGGUCUGUUCAACAAAGACAAAACAAGUUCAAUCAAGCAAAAAAGUCUAGUUAAACCAAUUGUCAGUUUCUAUAAUAAUAAUUAGCAUAAGCACACAUUAGCAUGCUAAUGACACAUUGGAUGAACAUGUGAUUGAUCUUCAGGCAUUAACACAGUUAAAGAAGUAUGUAAGUCACAUCCACAACUUAACCACAAGCGCCACUCUUCUGCACGAUGGUACCUAAAUUGAUUACCUAAAUUGAAAAUUUUUUAUAUUGAACAUUAUAAAAAUAGGUUGAGACAAAAAAAUUAAAAAUUGUGUUGUAUUAACUUGUUUCAUUUAAGUUAAUUAGACAAGGUGCAAAAAAUUUUUUUUGAGUGUGUGCGUUUCAUAUAUGUAACACGUGACCUUUCUAAGUCACUACGCAAUUACGUGAGGUCGCGUCGGCGCGUCACAUGACCGGAGAUAGAUGAGAAGUUGUGGUUUAAAAG